CGAUUGUUCAUAACUUAUCAACAACUCAUUUUUAGGAUUAAAUGAAUGGUUUGCAUUUCGUGUUUUUAUUCCGUCAUUAAAUGAUCAAAAUUUAUUUCUCUCAGAGAAAUUUAAAAAAUGUUCAAAUUCAAAAAAAUUCCAAUUUGUAGAAUAUUCUAUUAUUUCUAAUAUUAAAUUUAUUUUCUCGUCUUUGAAAAUAUUUCUCACCUCUAGCUACCUUUGCAACAUUGCUUUCCAUUGUUUUUGUUUUUUUUUUCCAUUGUUUUUGUUUUUUUUUUUUUUGGAAAAUUGUCUUCUUCAUUUUUUUAAGUUGUCUUUGUUUUUAUUAUCUUGUUAUUAGCAUUGUUUGUGAUCUUCAUUCAAAAUUCUUGACCAACUUUAUAAAUACAAAACGGCAUCCAUCAAAGAAAUUGGCAAGGCUUACAAGAACCUUGUCAUGAAAUGGAAUCCUGUUAAGAGCAAUUCACACAAACAUGAUGCCAAGCACCAAGAAAAUAGUACUGCACAUUAUAAGGCAUAUAAAUAUAAUGGCUUAAAAGAAGAGGAGGAUUGGAUUGGAGUAACAACGGCGAAAAUAGAGGAAAAAUCUCGACGCAAACGUAGCGUAGAUGACAGUUUCUUCGUCCGAUCUACUUCGUUACUCGGACAGAGUAGCAGUAGAAGAAGUCACACACCAACGCCGACCAUGCGUCGGAAUAGCAGUCGGUCAUCGGGAAUGUUAGAAUCAUUGAAACGAAGUGUUAGUCGAAAGGCUACAACAAGCUCUUCGCCAAUACAAACACCAAAUAGAAUGAGCACCACUCCAAUUAUAUUUUCUAAUUCAACAGCAAGGAAAAAACCAAAACAUGUUGAAAAAGUACUUGAGUGCUCAUUAGAAGAACUCUGCUUUGGUGCUGUUAAGAAGAUUACCAUAACCAAAGAUGUUAUAUCUGAUCUUGGGAUAAUCAUCCAAGAAGAGGAAACUUUGCAAAUAAAAGUAAAGCCAGGAUGGAGGAAUGGUACAAAAAUAACAUUUGAAGGAAAAGGUGAUGAAAAACCAGGGUAUUUACCAGCAGAUAUUGUAUUUUCAAUAGAAGAAAAAAAUCCAUUAUUUAAAAGAGUUGGUGAUGACUUGGAGUUGGAAAUUGAAAUCCCUUUGCUUAAAGCCCUUGUUGGUUGUACAAUAACAUUACCAUUAUUAAGUGGGGACAAGAUGAUUUUCAGAAUUGAUGAUCAUGUCAUUUAUCCUGGUUAUGAAAAAAUCAUUUAUCAUCACGGGAUGAUUAAGGCUAACGAUAAACAGCAUAGGGGAGAGCUACGACUCAAGUUUAAUGUUCGUUUUCCUGAAGUACUUAGUGAUGAUAAGCGUUUGGAAAUUUGUAGCAUUUUACGAUCUUGUUUUUCAUAAUUCCAUUUGCAUCAGGUGCACAUGUUUAGAAUAUAAAAUAGGUAAAUUUGUUGAAAUCGAAUUGAUAUAUUUUCUAAUUAUUUAUUAUACUUGUUAAUUUAUCUAUUAUAUAAUCUAAAUUUAUGCACCUAAUACAUACUUCUAUAUUAGAAAAAUUAUUCAUAAUUAAAAGCAGGCCGGGUAUAUAUGAUGUUCAAGUAG